UGUAAACUUCCGGUACACGAACUAGUCUAAUGUUGGCAUAUUUUUCAUGUUUACGCAUUCAAAUUAAUAGUGAAUCAGUUUUCGAGAGAAAAAAUGACAAAAGUAGUAUUUCUUCAUCCUGAUCUAGGGAUCGGUGGCGCAGAAAAGGCUGUGAUAGACGCUGCAAUAGCUUUGAAAUCUAGGGGACAUAAGGUGGAAUUUGUGACAGCUCAUCACGAUCCGUCCCACUGUUUUCAGGAAACGAAAGAUGGCAAUCUGAAAGUGACAGUCGCUGGAGACUGGUUGCCACGAAGCGUUUUUGGACGCUUUUAUGCAUUAUGUGCUUACUUCCGGAUGAUAUAUGCUGCCAUUUUCCUUGUAUUUUUCAGUGACAUUUCGUAUGAUGUAAUAUUUUGUGACCAAAUCUCUGCUUGUUUACCUGUUUUACGAUGUUCCAAUGCUAAGGUGAUAUUUUAUUGUCACUUCCCAGACAUGCUUUUGGCUAAGCAUGAUAGUUUUCUUAAGAAGAUUUACAGAGCACCAAUAGAUUUAGUGGAGGAAUGGACAACUGGAAUGGCACAUUGCAUCUUAGUAAACAGUAAAUUUACAGCUUCUGUCUUCAAGAAAACAUUCAACAGUUUGACAAGAUGUAGCCCAGCUGUUUUGUACCCAAUACCAGACUUCUCAGCAUUUCAAAAGCCUAUCGAACCGCCAACUGACAAUCUGCUGCCUUCUCACAAAAAAAUGGUGUUUCUUUCUAUCAACAGAUAUGAAAGGAAAAAGAAUCUUGCUUUGGCUGUACAAGCUUUUGGUCAGUUAAAAGAGAGAAUUUCAAAGUCAGAAGGAGACAGCAUUCAUCUUGUAAUGGCCGGAGGUUACGAUGAAAGAGUUACAGAAAAUAAAGAACAUUACCUAGAGCUUCGGCUUCUUUGUGAAAAACUUGGCAUCACAGAUGAUGUUACUUUCCUUCGCUCAAUUAGUGACUCUCAGAAACGGACUCUUCUCAAUCAUUGUGACUGUCUGUUGUACACUCCUGACAAAGAACACUUUGGUAUAGUUCCAAUAGAGGCAAUGUUCAUGAGAUGCCCAGUAAUAGCCUGUAACAGUGGAGGCCCACUUGAAACAGUUGUUGAUGGUAAAACAGGCUUUCUCAGGGAGGGUAGGCCAGAUCAGUUUGCAGAAGCAAUGGAGCGAAUUGUUGAUGAACCGGAGUUAUCAAAAACAAUGGGUGAAGCUGGAAAAAAACAUGUUGAACUAAAAUUCUCCUUUAAAACCUUUACUGAUCAGUUGGAUAACAUUGUGCUUGACUUGAUCAGCUAAUUAAUGCAUUCAUAUCUUUAAUAAUAGGAAAUAUGAUAUGUGCAAAGAAAUUAUGCAGAUAUUGUGAAUCUCUUUUAAUACCAUCUAAAGGAUUUGUAAUAACUUAGUUUCAAUUAAUAUGUAUGAAAAAGUAGAAUGCUAGUUUAAGAAUACUACAAACAAAAGAAGA